AUCUGUCAUUAGUUUUGGAACGGCAAACUGUUAAGAAACUGUUUGUUUUGUUUCGCUGGCAGAUACGGUCGAAGAAAGUUUAUAAGCUUUGAGAUUAGGAUACAUUCGAAUGGGUGUUGUUUUUCGUAAUUCGCUAAAAAUAAACAAUAAGUGCUGCUCUUAGCCUAUUAUGUGAUUAUAAGUUUAGUGUAUCGAAAUUCAGUAUGCGGAUGGAACGGUUCUGUGAUCGUCGACGAAACUUGAAGAGAGCGAAUCUCAACUAGGCAUUGUACAACCACAGAACAAUUAUUCUGAGGACGGUAUCUCUUUUUCCUGGGUAAAAAUAAGACUAAAAUAGUCAGCAGGAUGACAAAUCUUAGAAUAAAUUGGGGAGAAUUAUUCCCUAGCAAAAAAAGUAUCCUUAUCUUCAUUAGUUACAUGUCAUUGUUUGUUGGCCAAGGAAUUCUCGUUACGGCUUCUCAGCGUGCUGAUAACAGCUACAGUUACAACACAGUGCUUGUUGUUUUGCUUACGGAAGUUCUUAAGUUAGUCAUUUCAACUGCACUAUACUGCCGAGAAAACUCGUUAAAAUCCUUGAUCGUCAAAAUCAUCGAAGAAAGUGAAGUGCUAUUACUAUAUUUUGUUCCUGCUUUUCUCUACUGUUUGUACAACAAUCUUGCCUUUGUGAAUCUGUCAACGUUUGACCCGACAACAUACUACUUGUUGCUGCAGUUGCGGGUCGUCGUUACUGGAGUUUUAUUCCAGAUCAUUUUUAAAAAAUAUUUAAGUCGAAAACAAUGGUUUUCGUUAGUCCUGCUCACGCUUGGUUGUAUGUUAAAGCAAUGGAACUUCUCGUUUGGUUCCUCGGAUUUACCGGGUCAAGAUAAUGCUGCCGGAAAUGCUGCAGAUUCACAUAUCGACAACACUAGGGACACUUUCCAUGGGAAAAAUAUUACCGGUUUUACUCUCAGCUUUAGUGCUGUACUGAUUCUGCUACAGACAGUUUGUUCCUGUUUGGCCGGUGUUUAUAAUGAGUAUUUACUCAAACGAAAGGGCUCGGACAUCAACAUCUACGUACAAAAUGUAUUCAUGUAUGUCGACUCAAUCGUGUGCAACUUACUGAUAUUGAUGUUCCGCGGAGAAUUAACGGCUGUGGUAACUAGUGAGCACCUCACCGAGGUCUUCCGUUUCGAAGUACUGGUUAUCAUGAUUAACAACGCAGCGAUAGGAAUUAUAACCAGCUUCUUUCUAAAGUACAUGAAUUCAAUACUGAAAACUUUUGCCAGCGCACUCGAGUUGAUGUUUACAGCAAUUUUGUGUUACUUGCUGUUUUCGAUACCUAUCUACUUGAAUACAGCUCUCGCGAUCUUGGUGGUUUCGUACGCCAUUUAUCUGUACUCGCUAAACCCAGUGGUAAAUCUUGCCAACAAGACCAGUUCGAAUAGCAGUGGGGGACACCAUCCAAAAUCCAAAGACGAGAGUCGGAAAGCUCUUAUCAACAACGAACAGGACGACAUCGAGUUACAAAUGGAAGAAGUCUAGUGGAAUGGAAGUUGAAGAGCAAUGGAAUAGCCAAUCUUUGCAAAGGCUGGAACCAAAAAAAAAAAAAACACUUGUAUCGUAAGAUUUACCUUUUGUAGGCACAAUCGUAGUGCAAUUCGUUAUGUACUUUAAUCCUUCAUACCGAUCGAUUUCGCUUGUUAUGUUAUAUAUUAACACAAAAAAUCGGGACCGAAAAAAAUUAAGCGUUUAAACAUAGUUUUUAUUUAACGACAAACUAAUAGCUGUCAAGCAAAGUAUUGUUAUUAGCAUAAUCAAUUGUCUGAUAUAAGAUCUAAACGGUUAUUGAAGCAGUUCGAUAACAAACACAAUAAAGAGAACAGAACAGAA